CACAAACACUCAAAGAGAGAUAGACAAAAGACACAAAGGACAUCAUCACCAUGUCAGAGAGACAGAUUGUUAAGAAGAUUUAUGCAAAUUUUGAGAACGACGGUGGUGCUGCUGCUGUUAUUAGACAAGGCAUUACCAAGACAAACCAUGAGUUAUUGGACCCGUUCGUCUCGCUUUCUGAACUUUCCUUUUCACCUCCUGGUGGAUUCAGAGAUCAUCCUCACAGAGGUUUUGAAAGUGUGACAUACAUGUUGCAGGGAGGCCUCAUUCACCAAGACUGUAAUGGUCAUAGAGGUACAAUCCAAGAAGGAGAUGUUCAGUGGACGACAGCAGGAAGAGGAAUCAUUCAUUCUGAAAUGCCUCAAGAAGAAGUUAACAGUCUCAUUCAACUCUGGAUCAACCUCCCUUACAGUCAAAAGAUGAUCUGGCCAAAAAACCGAGAAAUACCGAAUUCAUAUAUUCCGAGAGCAUGGGACAAUGGAGUAGAGGUCAAAAUCAUAGCCGGAGAGUCGAUGGGAGUCAAGUCUCCUUUCUACACAGAAACACCAAUCAUGUUCCUUGACGUUACGCUCGACCCAGGAGCUCAAACCCUCCAGACCAUUCCAGAGUCAUGGACUGCUUUCGCCUACCUUCUAGAAGGCGAUGAAGGCGUGUUUAGCUCCUCGGACUCUUCCACAGUAGAAGCACACAAUGUUGUGGUAUUUGGAAGAGGGGAUCAAGUUAGCGUGAAGAAUACAUCAAGCUCUAGGCCGUUGAGGUUCUUGUUGAUUGCAGGGGAACCCAUCGGCGAGCCUGUGGUUCAGCACGGGCCAUUUGUGAUGAACUCGCAGGCUGACAUUGAUAUGACAAUUGACGACUAUCGCAAUGCCAAGAAUGGCUUUGAGAUGGCUAAGUCUUGGAGGUCACAGUGAAGAGUUUGAAGCAAUAACCAGAGACAUGCACUUAUAUUUAUUAGGUUUUUUUAUCUUAUCGCACACCGUUUUAAUUAUACAUUCUAUUUCUAUAUCUUACCAUUGUCACGUAAUAACAAAACACAUGCUACGUUUUUAAUAAAUUGAUUAACUAUA